GGAGAGGAGAGUCCGGACGAAGAAGAAGAAGUAGCAGAAGAGGAAGGUGUCGGUAGUCAGGGGAAGCAGAACCUGGCAGAAACAUACGAACCUCCAUCGCGACCGCAUCGUCGUCGCGUAUCCUCACCCUCGCACGCGCGCACGAAAAUACGACACGUCUGUUGAGAGAGCUCGAGCCUGACUCCUCGACAAACCAGUCAAGAACCCGAAAAACUUCGAGAGUAGACCGGGCGAGCGAACAGCUACAACCAUGGUUUACGAGAGCGAUUUCUACACGACUCGACGACCCUACUCGCGGCCAGUCGUCUCGUCCUACACCGUCACGUAUCGACCCAUCAUCAUACCGCUCUCCAGUAUCGUUCAGUUGAGGAGCGUUCCUCACUUGCCAUAUGUGGCACACAAGAGGCUCGUCACCAUAGUCCAUUCACCGGUCCAUCACCUGUACUACGCCGGCGCUAUGGUACCGAUAAGGGUGCGGGCGCGCGUGCGACCUAGCGUCCUUUCAGCCGAGCUCAACAGGAUACGCGAUCCAAGACCGUCCACUAAAUCCUACAUCGAGGAGUACCUAAAUUCCCGAGACAACAUCUUGUUUGAUGACGAGGCGAGGGAAAUUCGCGCGAGAGUGGAUUCCCUUCUUCGACGGGUCCAUGUGUUUGUGCCAAGGGCGGUAUCAAGCGAUUUUGCCGAGGAGAUCGUCCCAGAACGUAUGCGCAGCCACGACUAUGUUCGCCGAUUGCUCACCGGUCGCAACAACGCGAAGAAGGAAGUCGAACACCUGAGCUGGUACGAGGUGCCUGACCGGGGCGCCUUCGGCACCCUGGCAUGCGUCAAGUACGUCGCUGGCAAGCCACAGUCCGUCAGGAAGCCGUACGUCAAGGUCGCGGACUUAAGACCGUCCGACAUUCGCAACGACGUCAACUUCCUCAGCUACUACAGCAAGAAUCGUCAGGCGGCUGCGACUGCCUCACGCGCGUUAUGCAUCGAACCGAAGGCCCAGGAGCAGAAAAUAACUUCUGCUCCGGAACCGGUAGCAGAGAAGAAAUCAAAACCGAAAUCAGAGCCGAAGAAGGAACCGGAACCGACACGCGAACCAGAACCAGAGCCGAUAAAAGAACCCGAGCCCGUACCUGAACCCGCAAAAGAAUCGGAAUCAGUGGCGGAACCAGUCGUUGAACCUGCGAAACCGUCGAAACCGGUGAAGGGUAAAUCUGCGAAACCGACGAAAUCCGCGAAAGCAGCCGAGCCUAAACCAGAACCGAUAAAAGAACCAGAGCCCGAGCCUGUACAGGAGCCAGUAAAAGAACCAGAGCCAGUAAAAGAACCGGAGCCAGUAAAAGAACCGGAGCCAGUAAAAGACCCAGAGCCUGUUCCAGAACCAGAACCAGCUGCGAAACCCGAAGCGGAAACGGAAGCACCGGCGGAAUCAACGGAGGCUGUAAGUGACGAAACGAAGAAGGAAGAACUCGAUGAGGUGAAAAAGCAGAAAGAAGAUGCCAUAAAGAGGGCCGAGGAAUACCUUGCUAAAGCAGCUCGGGAAGCUCAAACGGAAGAGGAGAGGCGGAAAGCUGCGGAGGAAGAACGCGUGCAACUCGAAAUGGAAGAGAAGAAAGCGUGGGAGGCCCUGCAGCUUGCACAAGAACGGAAAGCCGAGCUUGGCGAGAUAUUGGAGACUGAACGACAGGAAGUUGAAAGGAAGGCGGAAGAGGCGAAGUUACAAGCGGAACACGAGGAAACGGAAAGAAUAGAGGAGAAUGAGAGAUUAAUCAACCAGGAAAAGCUGACGGCUCUGAUACAAGAGCAAGAACGAUUGAUAAUCGAAGAACAUCUCGAAGAUAUUCAGAAGCAGAAACAGGAGCAGGAAGAGACGGACGUCGCGCAGCUUCCAGCUAGCGAGCUUAAUGAUAUCAGCUGCGCCGAAGAUCCGGUGGAUCCUGUCGAGGUAACCGAUCAGGAAAGAGAGGAGAAACCCUGCGAUGUUACCACAGAUGACGAAACACGGAUUGAAGAGGAGAACGUUCCCGAAGAAGAGCACUUGGAGGUAACCGAAAGUCCGUUCGUCGAAGAGCCGGAAGGGGCUGAAAGCAAGUCGCAAACGGGACCGUUGGCGAUCGAAGAUGAACUGCAGAUCGAGGAGGUUACUUCCGGCGGCGAGGAAUUCGAAUGGGGUGAUCAGGACGCGUAAUUGGAGUCCGGCCGGUUCGGACCGAUUCGUCGAUGGACCACAUUUCUUUAUUGUCAUCAUUAAACGCUAGGAUUUAACGCGCCUUUGUCUAUCAUUUCAGCGAGUACACGUAUAUCAUUGAAGCAUCAUCAUGUACAUGUGCGAUCGACGACAUGAUGAAGAAAUCUGAAUUAAAUUUUUUGUAACAUCUAAUCUGAUCUCUUUUUAUUUUUAUUUUUUCAUUAAGUUCAUAUCUCAUGUUCCAUUAAUAUGCACACUUUGUCGUGAAUUUCAUUUCGCGUGAUGUGACGUUAAUCGAAUUAAAAUACAAUUCGCAUGGAUCGAUAUGAGAGUCUAAAACUGUAGGAUUUCUAAUGACUAUUUUCAACUAAUUUCAGAAGGACCGAUUGGAAACUUGUUUAUGGUCUCACGUCAUCUGCGCGUAUUUAUUUCAUUACUGAUCGUAUAUCUUCCACAUUAUCUCGUAUCAGAGAACGGCAACCCGUAGAUCGAGUCUGUCACGAGUAUCGAUUUCCGUUGGUUUGCCGACCAACCAGGUGGUAGGGCGAGGAUGAUUCGUUUAUAAUCUCGGAUAGUAAUCGAAUAGAAAUAUCGCGACAAAUUUUAGCCGUUCAUUCGCGCAGUCGAGCUGGCUUCGUCGUCGUCUAUUUUUAUAAUAACAGCUUUGAGUUUCAGCCAUGAAAUUGAUUUGACUGCGAUUGUCUGAACAAUCGAUUUGGAAGGACGAGGAUUCCGGAAAUAAUCGAGCGAGCACGUUGAUAAUAAUUAACGACUCGUGACUCUUCGUUGUUCAUAAAUAGCAAAGCCCACUUUAUCUCUAGUGUAUUAUAUUUAUUAUAAAAAUAUUUAAUAUGAAGGAAUGAUAAUAAUGUCACGAUAAAAUUAAUGGUAAAAUUCCAUAUUGAAUAAUCAAUAUGGAAUUCGCCCUGAAUUAACAUACGCAGAGCUGGAGAAGUUCAUCUUUUGCGCGAAGAGAAUUGUGAAGAAAAAAUUGCGGAGCACGGAAUAAAAUGGUUAUGCGAGGCCAAUUUUUUAAUUAGUUAAAUUAGACAUAAAUUAAUAUUUCAUAAGAUUUCCAUGCCACUGACACAAGAAUACAAAACUGAUGGAUACAGAUACAUUUUCAAUACAGUAAGCAAAAUAUACCUUUUAUUCCGAAAAACUCUUUGCUGUUUUCUGUCGUGAAAGAAUCUAACUUAGGAUUAUACGUACCUAAUUAAAAUUGCACAAUCUACUAGAAAUAAUCGACACCGUUGUGUGCUGUGUAUAUCAAAAGAAUAAAACACUUGAAUAAGAACUUAAUAAGUAAUGACUUUAUCAAUAUUUAAUUUAUGUUGCUAUAUUUAAUGCGCACUAGUAAAUACAACGUAGCACGCAAUGUAUAAUCACGCAAUGCCUAUUUUCUUUACGAUUAAAGACAAUAAAGAUUGUAAACGUUAA